AUGGGCAUCUCCGUUCGGCUGCGAGGUCAUCCAGGUCCCGUGCGACCGCAGCGCAGUUUUGAUCUCCUCAUCACCGCGGGGAAGGCCAUACCACAAGCUCUUAAUCCAGCUACUUAUUGCUGGCCGAACGGCGCAUCUAUGCGUCCGAAACAGCAGUGGCUUGUUCGCAUUGCCGAAGGAUCUCCCAUUUAUGUAUUUUCUGUUCCUGCAGGUCUGUUCCCUGAGUUUUGUUAUACCAAAUGA